UCGAGUUGCAAACAUUUGCACAUGGUUCUUUUGCAACGAGGUCGUGCUGUUUUAAGGAGAGGUCAAAUCUGUUGAUUUUACUAAUCAAAUGACGAUGAGCGAUCAUAAAUAUUAUUUUAUGCCACUUCAGUGUUGUAAACAGUCUAAAAGUGUUUAUUGAGCAGCAAAAACUUGCAGUUGGCGUUCACAAUAUGGUUGGUGAGUCGAUAUCUGUUGAUGCUAACCACACUGAUGGAUUAAUGAACUGGUCGCCACAAUAAUACAGUCAAUGAAUAGAUCUAUUUUAAUUCCAGAGACCUCUUAGAUGGUGUUACUGGUAAUUCGGAUAAUUUCAAGUGCUCCACCAGAUCACCAUCAGCAGGUCACAUUACAGACGACAAAAGGAGACCAUGAGUGACUCUUCUGUUGAGCUUGAGGGUUGGAUGCGUAUGUGGGAAAAACCUGAUGGUAUUUCACCAGCUGACCUCUCGUGGGUGAAGAAUGACACAGAAAGAGGGCUCUUUACCCACGUUCAGGUCUACCAGGACAGUACUGGUGUGCUGAAGAGGCGACGGGUAAUGAAGUCCAACAGGAUGUGGUUUUAUCCCCCGGAACCUCCAGGCUACAUCAGUGGGACCGUGCCGCCUCCACACCUUUUCUUUCGGGGUCGUGUCUUUUUCUGGCGGCCUGUUGGGGUGUGGAGAUACUCACUGAGGUGUCCUCGUGGUGAAGAAUGUGCUGGUAGUGGAAAAAACCUGCACCUCUAUGUGUCAGGAUACCACAAUAGGGUUCGUCAGAUCUGCGACAUCACCAAUUGGUAUUCGAUGCUGACGGAGGUCCUGCGCUGUGGGCCGUGCACCGAGGAAGGGAGAAAAUGUGAUGGUGGCGAGGUGGGUCGUUGGUUGGCAUGGGAUCCUCCUAUACUUUGUCAGCUCAGUGAGGCCCACCAAGCCAUGUUCCCGGCAGUUCUAACGCAUGGGCGCGGUGUGGACAAGAGUGUGAUACAGCUUCUGCAGAGCUGUACCAAGAUGAACUCCAUGAUGAAAGUGUGCCGACAGGUUCAGGAAAACCACACAGAGGAGUAUCUCCAAAGGAAGGAUCUAUAUACCACCCUCCUGAUGACUCUGAAAAAGCCUGGUGGGAUUGUGUCAGCCUUCAAACACAGGUUUGAGGCUCCACCUCCUCAAAGAGAGCUGCCUUCUGUUCGCCUACUUCGCCAUGCCUACCUGCUCGCAGAGGCCGGCAAUAUGCAGGACUACAGGAAGCAGAUUCUGUCCACUUUUGGCACAGUGCUGAAACUGGAUUCCACUAAAAAGGUGUCUGGGCAGGCUGAAGGCUCAGCGGAGUGGUUCACCAGCAUUGGCAAUGAGAACUCACAAAUAGUCUCAUUUGUUGUAACGUGUGAGGACUCCACUGAGUGUCUGAAGCCUAUGUGUAAGGGACUUAUGGACCGGUUCCAACAGGCCAAUCAACCUGUCCCCAAGAUUCUGUAUGUUGACCGUGGGUGCUGUUGUGCACAAGGCCCGACUGCUGUGGAGACCUUGUUCCAGACAUGGGUGGACAGUGGUAUGGUUGUCCGUUUGGACCUUUUCCAUUGGAUUCAUUGCUUUGAUGCAGCCGUUCGCACCGACAGCCACUCCAAGUACACAGUGUUCAAGUCUGCCCUAGCAGGAGCGGUGCUGGCCUGCAACCGUGCAGACUUGGAGCUGCUCAUCAAGGCUGUCAGAGCUCAGGACCUGACGGCUUUUGACAGCGUGGCCGAUGAAGACAUGGUGCGACUGUAUGUUUCGAGGGAGCAGCUGAAGCACCAUGUUCGGAGAGUCACUCUUGGGGCCCAAGAAACCUUUCAGCUCAUUCAGAGGGCUAUAGAUGAGCUCAAGGGUCCUGCUGGGAUGGACCAGAGUGGAGUCAGUCUCUUCAAGUCAACAGAAGCAAUAGAUGGCGUGUGGGAAGCCCAGCAACGACACCUUGAGUGCAUACAGGAUCCUCCAGAGAUGAGCAUGUACAGAGUGGCUGGUAGCGCCAAUAUCAAUGGGGUGGACGUUCCCUACUAUAAGUGUCUCCGUGGAAACAACAGUCUGGAGGGAUUCUAUAAAACUCUGCCUUACAUGAUACCAGGGUCUCGCUCCACACACAAUCUCAAUGUUGUUGUCUGGUCACCCAAACAGAGUCCAAUACCAUUGCUUGUUACUGUGAAGGAUUCUUCAAGCCCCCAUUGUGCUGCACAUCCAUUUCAUGUGCACCUCAUCAGCGGAAUCGCUCGCUGGAACUCAGACCGGAGUCCUCAUGCAGUGUUUGGUGUCAAAAAGCAAAUGCACAGAUCCUACUCUGCGCCUCUGAUUGAACGCCUCAACACCCGUUGCCGGCAGUUGUUUGGAGAACAUGUGGAGGAGAAUGUUUGUGUCCCUGCUGCGGUGACGUCAAACGAGCGGCUUGGUUUGGAGUACCUGUUCAGCCAAAGCACCGGUGAAUUUGGAGACUUCUCCCUCACUGACCUCUUAAAGGACGCACCCCGUCCAGAGGAGGAGGUGAUUCAGCAAGGCCAGGCUGAACCAGAUGAGGAUGACGAGGCAUACCAGAGUGACCCAGAGGCAGAUCAGGAUGCGGUGGCCAUUGCCCCAGCACACAUAACCCUAACCACCAAUGAAACCACCACUGCUCACCCUCCAGCCUUUGAGGAUGCUCGCAGCUCCAACCCUCUCACAGGAUUCCAGCAGCUGGAGAGAUUCUGUUCUCUGCUGGCUGACAUGGGCCUCUCUGAGGCCAAGCUGAACCUGACGCCGUAUCAAAGGAACAGGAUUAUUGAUGCAUGGGAUGCUGUGCAAGACCAUGACAAGCAGCCGCAGAGGUUUCUUCAGCUGUACAGAACCCGCUGGGGCAAUACACUGUAUUGCCAAACAAAGACAGAUGAUCUUGAAGCAGAUCCCAAACACUAUCUGGACAUUCACAACAGACUAAUGUACACGCUGGUCAAACGUCUGUGGCUGGGUUUCCCUCACAGUGACAGCAGAACAAGAGAACUUGAGAAAACAUCCAUCCUAGAAGCCUAUGACAGAAUUAAGCACUUUGUCUUGGUGGAAGAUCCGGUUCUGUGUAAAGUGGGUAUUCCUCUACCUCAAAUUACCUUGAAGACCAUAUGUGAUUUCAUUUGCCAUCAAGAGACGCUAAUCAACAUGCAAGCAACAAGAAUUCCUUCCUCCAUGAUAUUAAAAACUGAACCAAUUUCUCUAGAAGAUUCACCUCCAGCACCAUCUCAGCCAUCAGUUUUUCUUCCUCAUGAUUACCCAAAGAUGGAGGACCAGGACAUUCCCAUCAAAGAAGUGACCAAGGUCUUGAAGAAAAGGUCAGACAUUAUGGUGCUAGCUCCAUUCCAGCCUGAAUCUCACAUGCCCCAUCAGAAAAAUGUGGCCUUGACAACCAUCUUCAGACCUCUGAAUCCCAGAAUCCUUUCUACCAACCCUUGUACACAAGUGACUCCAGCCACUGACAGGAUGCCUGUGAUUACAUCCAGCCAGUCUGAUACCCAUCCAUCCUGGUCCCGAGCCACUAUUUACAGAAGGAAACACAAAGACACGCUAACUCAAGUUGGAGCCAAGCAAUCUCGUGUUCACAACUUGCCCAUUUGCACACUGUGCCAGAAGCCUACGCAGGGGCAUAAAAAAUACAAAAAGAAGAGUUUUUGUCCUGUCAAAAUGAUGUCUACCUCUAAAGGAUUGGACAACAGAGUGUUCAGCAGUUAUGAACAUUUUAUGACCAUUGUGGACCUGUUGUAGCGAUGGACAAUUGUUUAAAAAGAAACCAAUCCAAGGGCAUAGAAUUGGCAUGGAUGGAGGUGACGUGUCCCUAGAUGUAGCCACUGAUUAUUGUCCCAACCAACAGUGUAAUCCCCUCCAAAAAAUAAUGCAGUCAACUCACUAACCCAGACAUGCAGAAAGGGUUAAAUCCAAAGAGAAGGCUUGCAUAAUCUUCCGCACUGUUUCGCAAAACAUUAAACUCAUUCAGGUAAGUCUGAGUAACAUCUUUCCCUAAUUUUUUGUGUGUAGAUAUUCUGUAGAGAUGUUGCAUAGGAGGUUUCUCACAGCUUCAUCAGAACUCUACAAUUAAAAUCUUUUUUGACACUGCUAGGGUCAGAACAGGGGAUAAUUCUGAUAAAGCGGGAUAAGUCUUUAAUUUCCUCAUCUGUCUCAGUUUCAGUUAUACCGCUAACUAGAAUUGUGUUGGAGAUUUUGAUGUUAAUUUUUUUCUGACUUUUGUCAUACAGCCCUUAAAUUGCCCUUAUAUACAUUCAAAUGAAAUUGCAACAGAAGUUCAAAUGGGAUUUUAUUCUGCCUCCUGGCUGGCUCGCCAAAUUUACUAUUGUGAAUGUUACUAUUUAGAAUGGGUUGUUUUCACAUGACGUCAUUGAUGAUGCGCGGAUUUCAGAUGGAGGGCAGGAAGUGAUUCUUCGACAUAGGAAUCGUUAUCAGAACAUCAAAAUGUUUGUUUUAUGUUGUUUGUAAUUGUUUAAAUCAGCCAAAAUAAGAAAUGCCGAACAGCUUUUAUAGACUUCCAAAAGUUUUUGCUCAUAAAGCGGGGGAAAGUUCAAGAAACUGGCUAAAGAAUGGAAAAGGUGGCAUGUAAUAAACAUUCAUUCCAUAGGUCUAUGUGUACAAACUUUUUGAACGCGAUAAUUCAUUUGA